AUGGGGAUAGGUGUGAUCAACUUGGGAGGUGCAAAAGCUACAAGGAUGUGGAUAUGGCCUAGGUGGUCUAUGAUAGGAGUUUGGGAAGAAGGUGUAGUUGUUUGGUGGAGACGACAUGGUGGUGGUCCAAUAGAGAAAGAAAAGGGAAGGUAUUUUAUAGGGGUCGGAACUUGGGAUUGGUUUGGGAGAAGGGUGGAUGAGGUUUGGGUUGGGUCAAAUUCAGAUUGGUUAGUGUCUAGUGAUGGUGGUUGGGAAGGUGGUGGUUGCGACGGGGAUAUUGGAUGA